AUGGGGCUUCGAGUGACCUGUUGGGUGAAGCUGGCCCCGCCUGCCGUGUCUCUGAGAGACGAAGCCGAGGCUGAGUGGAACGAGGGGGGCGUUCCAGGCCGUUCCUUCAGCACCGCUAGCCAGGGCCACCCCGACAGUGGCGGCCGCAGUCUUCUGUCGCGCCGGCUGCGCCCCGCAGUGACAAUCCUUAGCCGCUCUUCCAAGCCGCUCCGAAAGGCGCCAUGGGAACCCGUCGUGUGCAGGGUUUGCUGUUCCUCGUCCUCCUCGGGGCGCCCUCCUGGGCCUGUAAGAGCGGGGGGUUCCGGGGCGGAGAGCUGGUUCAGAGAGGAUGCACCUCUGGGGAAGGCGGACUGGCGGCGGGGGCGGGCGGGGGGCGGCCGGGUGCUUAACCGCGAUCUCAUUUCCUCCCCAGUGGAGCAAAAUUUGUACUGUCACAAGGGCAUAUCGAUGAGUGUAGAAAAGGACCCAAGGAAGAGGUUUAAUUGGACCACAGAGAAAGUUGAGACUUGUGACAGUGAGUCCUUGUGCCAGGAAUCCCUUCUGAUGAUUAAAGCAGGGGCCAAGACAGCAGUUUUGGGCACUAAGGGCUGCGUCGCAGAUGGGACACAGGCGAUAAUGUAUGUCCAGCACUCCCCACCCCCAGGCAUAAUCACAGUCUCGUACAGCAGCUACUGUGAGGAGUCCUUAUGCAACAGCAGGCAGAACUUACUGGAGCUGUGGAAGGAGGAAGAGACCCAAGCUCCCAGUAUGUCACCACGCCUCCACUGCCCAACCUGUGUGGCUUUGGGGAACUGUUUGAAUGCUCCUUCUCUUCCCUGUCCCAAUGAUACAAUUCAGUGCUACCAAGGAAGACUUCACAUCACUGGAGGAGGCAUCAGCUCAUUUUUGGAGGUCAAAGGCUGUACAUCCAUAAUUGGUUGCAGGCUGAUGUCUGGGAUCUUUACAGUAGGGCCCAUGUGGGUGGAGGAAAUCUGUCCAUAUCAGUCUCUCCCUCAACCCCGAAAGACUGAAAAUGGGGCCACCUGGCGUCCUGUUUCGGUUUGGAGGUUAGAGCUAGUGCUGCUGAUGUUACUGCAGUAA